AUGGCGUGCGGGGCGACGUUGAAGCGGCCCAUGGAGUUCGAGGGGGCGCUGUUGAGCCCUAGUUCCCCGAAGCGGCGGCGCUGCGCCCCUCUGCCCGGCCCCACUCCGGGCCUCAGGCCCCCGGACGCCGAGCCGCCGCUGCUUCUCCACUCGCAGACCCCACCGCCGACUCUGCAGCAGCCCGCCCCGCCCGGCAGCGAGCAGCGCCUUCCAACACUGCAACAAAGUUUUCAGAACAUAAAGCAAGAAUAUAGUCGUUAUCAGAGGUGGAGACAUUUAGAAGUUGUUCUUAAUCAGAGUGAAGCUUGUACUUCGGAAAGUCAGCCUCAUUCCUCAGCACUCACAGCACCUAGUUCUCCAGAACAAUAUGAAUCUUCUGUGAAAUUCACACGUGAUCAGAUUAUGCGACGGUAUGGGACAAGGCCAACAAGCGAUGUGUCCCAAAGCGUUCUUGCAUAUCUGGGUACCAGGUUUGACCUCAAGAGAUGA